UGUUGGCCGCUGCUGUCCGUCACUGCCUCAACCUCUCUCUGACAAGGAGAUGAGGGGGGGAGGAGAGAGAGCCUGUGUGUGUGUGUGUAUGUGUGAGAGAGAGAGAGAGAGGAGAAAGAGGGGGUUGGCUUUAGUGCGAUGUGAAUGGAAUAGAAUCAGCGCGAGAGGGAGAAAGAGGGAGGAGGAGGACGGCACAAAUCAACCUGCCUCUUGACUUCAACAACAGAAUAGAAGAGCCGGUAGACACAGAGAUCGGGAAGUGUGUGUGUGUCUGUGUGUCGGUUCUGUUUUAUUUGUACGCUUGGAGAGAGGAAGAGAGCGGCAGACGGGAGGAACUGAAGCAGGAGGAGGAGAAAGAGCCUCACCGUGGAGAUAGAUAGCAGAAAAAUGCUGUCAUGGGGAGAGAAGGGGAGGGAGUCGGCAGAGAGGAACAGGAUGAAACAAGGCAGGGUCGAGCUGAGCUGAAAUGUGGAGGUGCACCAAAAGGGAAGCAGCAGGCACUGAAGAGUGCAGUUGAAUGGUCGCCAUGUUAGAAGGGUUAAAAGAGUCUCUCAGAUACAGAGGACUCGGGCGAUGAUCCUCUCAUCCUUACGCUGCAGGAAUGAGAAACCCCCAACUGGAGCACCACCAAAACACGCAUCUGCUCUCCAGGACAAGGACUGAUUCAUGGGUCGGGGUCUCGCAACAGACACAGCUGCAUAUUCUCCUCCAUCUUCUUCAUUUGCACUUAAGAACUUGUUGACUUGUCAUUACAAAGUGUGGCCUCUCACAGACACGUCUAUGAGAGCCCAAGGGUGGAAAAAGUUAAAAGAUUGUAAUUUGUGCGAAUGAGAAGCUUAUUUGUGGGGUUUUUUAAUCGCUCCUGUUUCAUACCAGCACCAUAGAGAACAGGACAGACAUUUUCCUGGAGGAGCAGAACGCUCUGGAGCAGAGUGGGGAAAACGAUUGUUGGACUGGUGUGUAUUUCUCAGGCACCAUGCAGUCAGACGACCUCUUCAUCCGCAAGUUCCGCCGGCAGAACAUGCGGCCGCCUAUUGCCACCGUCAACUUUGACCCCAAGCGUGAGGCAGGCGUAGUGGAGUGGCCUCCGAGGAGAGAGACCGAUGUAGUUGACGGAGAAAGCCUGACUCCGAGCCGCGUGGGGCUGACGCUGAGGUCGGUGGGCCGGGGCCACAUCAUGCAGAGGAGUAACAGCGACGUCACCCUGGGAGACCUGGACUCCUCAGGGAAGGCAGGGGGGAAAACAGCCCGGGUGGUUGGUGAGAAGGUGGGUGCGGGGGCUCAGGGGGAUGGGGGGGUGCUGCUACACAGGGAAUACGGCAGCCUGUCCUCACUGGAGAGACAGACUCAAAUUCAGGAGCUGAGCACAGACGAUCAGGGGCCCCUGAGUCCGAACGCCCUGCGCUUCAAAGACCCUUUCUUGCUUUUGGGACUGCAGGGCAACCCUCCAGAGCCGGAUGGAUUCUUUCGGGGUCUGAUUGGGUCUUUAGGGGACUCCCCAAAACCCCCCAAGCCUCCAAAGCCUGAAGGUCUAAGUAAGAAGGCCAAACCCCCCCAUAUCCCUCAACCGGGUCCCUUUGAUAACAUCGGGGGCGGGGCCUGGGUGAGGAACUUCGCCCACUAUGAUGUCCAAAGCAUCCUGUUUGACCUCACCGAGGCGGCCAUGAACAGAGACAGCAUCGGACGGAAAAAGAACAUCACCUCGGGGGCUUCGGCCGCCUCCCAGCUGCGCCCCCUGUCCCAGGCCAACCCGUCCUCGCCCGCGCAGGGAGGGGGGGGCAACGGGGUCAACGCAGACGACCCCGAGCAGUCGCUGCUGCUGGACGAAGGCGACGGCAACGAUAACGAACUCCUGCUCAGCUGCCCACACUUCCGCAAUGAGACGGGCGGAGAGGAGCAGGUGGGGCUGGACCAGUCCCAGGAGAGGAGGGGGCUCUGCCUGAGGACCCCCAACGAUGCAGUGUCGGUCCUGGAGGAGCCCAGAGAGAGUCACGUGCAACAGCAGGGGAAGAGCAACUACUUUAUAGAGCACGCAGACCUGGGAGCCCAUUACUAUCGCAAAUACUUCUACAUGAAAGAACACCAGAAUUUCUUCGGGAUGGACGAUCGCCUCGGUCCAGUGGCCAUCAGUUUCCGUCGGGAGGAGAAAGAUGGAUCCAGCGGAGCUCAGUACAAUUACCGAAUCAUCUUUCGCACCACAGAGAUGAAGACGCUGCGAGGAUCCAUCUUCGAGGAGUCCGUGCCUUCUGCCGCGCGUCACACCACCCCUCGGGGCUUGUCUCCAAAGAGGCUGCUGGAGUUCAUCAUGCCUGAACUGAACCUGCACUGCCUUCGCUUGGCCUCAAACUCCCCCAAGGUCCGGGACACCCUGCUGAAGCUGGACGAACAGGGGCUGAAUUUCCAGCGUAAGGUCGGGGUGAUGUACUGCCGCGCGGGGCAGAGCUCGGAGGAAGACAUGUACAACAACGAGAGCUCGGGCCCGGCGUUCGAAGAGUUCCUGGACCUGCUCGGGGAGCGCGUGCGGCUGAAGGGUUGGGAGAAAUACCGAGCUCAACUGGACAACAAGACGGACUCAACUGGGACACACUCCCUCUACACGCGCUACCAGGACUAUGAGAUUAUGUUCCAUGUGUCCACGAUGCUGCCCUACACAUCCAACAACACACAACAGUUGCUGAGGAAGCGACACGUCGGUAACGACAUCGUGACGAUCGUGUUCCAGGAGCCGGGUGCGCUGCCGUUCACGCCAAAGACCAUCCGCUCCCAUUUCCAACAUGUCUUUAUCAUCAUCCAGGUUCAUGAGCCGUGCACUGACAACACCUAUUACAGGGUGGCUGUGACACGCUCUAAAGACAUGCCGUUAUUUGGCCCCCUGUUCCCUAAGGGCGCACGAUUCCCUCGCUCCUCCGCCUUCAGAGACUUCCUCCUGGCCAAGGCGGUGAACGCUGAAAACGCUGCAGAGAAGUCGGAGAAGUUCCGCUCCAUGGCCACCCGCACGCGGCAGGAAUACCUGAAGGACCUGGCAGAAAACUAUGUGACCACCACGCCCAUCGACUCCUCCACCAAGUUCCCCCUGCUCUCUCUGGGAGGAAAGCGCAAGGACAAGCUGAAGGGCGCCAAAGGGGCGGAGCUGCACAGUGCGGGGGCGCUGGUGUGGGCCGUGAUGGUCAACAGCGGGUAUGAAACGGAGGCGGGGGAGCACAGACUGCCCUGUCUGCUCGGGGUCUCCGCUGAGUCCGUGGUGCUCAUUGAGAGGUGCACGCGCAGGGUGGUGUUCAACUGCUCCUGUCGAGAUGUCAUCGGCUGGAAGGCGGUGACAGAGACUAAGCAGGGGGGGCCCUACUUGGAUAUCUUCUACGAGCGUGGGGAGUCAGUGUCAAUCAGUGUGAUGGAGAGCCAGGCGGAGGACAUACGAGAGGUGGUGCAGAGGCUAGAGCUGGUGACGCGGGGCUGUGAGGCUCUUGAGGUCACGCCCCUGCGCGACGGGGUGGGGCAGCCCGGCUUCCUGAUGAACGAGGAGGGCUUUGUGACGGAGCUACAGCGGUUCUGUUACGCUGAGAGCGGAGGCCUGCAGCUGUGGGCCCGCGUGGUGCGGCUCUGCGGACACUCGCUGGUUCACCUGAGCCCCGACGAGAGGGUCCGGCUGCUCCGCACGGCACACAAGAUCCACAUCACCGUCAUCCCUCCGGACGAGAACGGCAAGCCUCGCAGAAGUUUCUCCGAGCUCUACCAGAAGGCCAUCAAGGACGCGGAGUGUAAACCCGGAGAGGAUCAGUCCGGAGAGGCCUGGGUGCUGGACGAGAGGGAAGAGGAAGAGGUGGAAGCAGAGGGGGAGGAGGAGGAGGAGGAGGAGGAAGAGGAGGAGGAGGAAGAGGAAGUGAAAGAGGAUACGCUGAAGGCGAGUGAGGUCAUUGAAGCGGAUGUGACAGAGGUGAAGGUGGAGGACGAAGAGGACGUAGGGCGGUCGUGUGAUGAAGGGCAAAGUGAGAGAAGUCCCGGGUCGCUCCUCACACCCCCCAGCCUCCCUCUGUUACGAGCCACUUCCCUGCAGGACCAGCCGGCCAAUCAGAGCCAAGAAGGAGGCGUCUCACAUCUCACACGCAGCUGCUCGUACACCGACACGUGUGAUAGGCACGUGUACGACAACGUGGGGCUGAAGGGGGAACGCCACAUCUACGAGAACGACGGCGAGCUGAGGGACGCCACGCCUGAUCUGAUCCUGGCUGUCAAACCCAAAGUUCCCCUGGAGGACGAGCAGUUCAUGGCCGCUGAGUUUGGCGAUGACAAAGCUUCGGUGAGUGACUCGUCGACCCGCCUGUCGUGUUUAGACCGCGCCGAAAGAAAUUCACGAGCCCUAAGUCUUCAUAACUCCAUCACCAAGAUUCUCUCAGAGACGACAGAGUCCACGGAGGAGGAGUGGCAGUCCAUCGCAGACCUGGCAACCGCCUGCCGCAGCAUCCUGGAGGCUCUGUCCCGAGAGGACCGUAAAGCCGGAGACCCUUCCCAAGCCGGAGUCGACCAGACGGACGGAAAGCUCAGAGACUCAAAGGACAGUGACUCUCCAGGCCACCUGGAGGAGAAGGUGUCUCAGCUGGAGUCCAUGCUGAAGAGGCUGCAGGAUGACCUGCAAAAGGAGAAGGAGGACAAGGCGGUGCUGCAGGCCGAGGUGCAGAGCCUCCGGCAGAACAACCAGCGGCUGCAGGAGGAGUCUCAGAGCACGGUGGCUCGCCUCAUCAAAGUCACCGAGCUGCUGUGCAACGUCAACAAGCCCUGUUAGCCUCACACAGAGACACACACAUCAGCGUAGAGAUGCAAACCGUACUAGCUUGUACUGUACGCUCAGUAUACUUAUUUUGCUCGUAAGGCAGACACACACGCAUCCUCUUCGAUCUGUGUAUUAUCACAGUCUUAAAUCCUGAAUCUUGGACCUGCAUUUUGGUGAGGGAGUAUGCAAAAUCAACCCAUAAAAAAGAAAGAAAAUACAUUUUUCAACAUUCAUAGACUGACCAGCUCUGGGGCUGCUGCUAUGCCAGAGUGCUUCUCUCAGUGUGUGCCAUACAGCACGUGCGUGGAUGUGUGUGUGCGUGUGCGUCUGUUUGUGUGCAUCUCUUCCUGUACCUUGCUUCAAAUACUUGACAAGCUUGGCUAAAUAGCACUUGCAUAAAAAGUGGCAAUUAAGACUGAGAGACACUGUAUAGCAUGUUUGGUGGUGUCUUAUCUGAAAUGACCAAAAGUGUAUAUAUAUAUCACCGAUAAUAUAUGUGAACGGUAGUAAUUGCUCUCCUCUCUGCCACGCGUGUAGUCGCAAUGUCUGAGUGUGGCUCUGCCCCGGCGCUGAUAGUGUGGAAGGCCUUGAGAGAAAAAAAAGGGAACGUGACAAUGACAGGCCUGUAGGCAGCAUUCUACUUCAAAAGAUGUAAUGAUGCUAACUGACUAGCCUCAGAGCAAGGCCUGUUAUGUAAGGACAUCACUCUCUGCCCAUUCACGUCUCAGUUAUUAGGGAGAGACUAUCUUUAAAAAGCUCGUACAUGAAAAGGAAGUAAACUGGAAACAAAAAGAACCGAGCAUGCUUAUUCCUCCUGGAAGUAUGUAUGAAAACAGUAUUAAAGGGAUACUGAAAAGGGUCAAACCUCUCGUGAAGACGCAGACAAUGGCAGGAAAAGAACUGCUUCAGCUUCCUCCCAUGAUUGCCUGUAGCUGUUUUCUUCUAACCUCACUAUUGUAGCAGUCAUACUGUAGAAGACCUCCUCCUGCUGGCCUGAAACACAAACGCCAAAAGGCAGCUUUCUUUUUUCUCCAGCUGGCAAAAUAGCUUUAGGUGUCAGAAUAAAGCACCUGGAGAUAAUACAGAAUAUUGUUUGGCGGAUGUCUACAGUGACUAUUUCGGGUAAUUGUUUAGUAUGGCUUAUGAGUGGUAGAGGUAGGUGACGUCUUACCAUUCCACCCUGAUGUGUGAGUAACUGUGUUUCUGUGUCGUUCUUGCACUUUUUUGUUGUUAAAUCAUCACUGGAUGGGGCACAUACUGUACUGUACUUCAUUUAGCCCAGGCUAUGUCAACAUAAGGAGGUGGAUAUGAUCUCGCCCCUUACCUCACCUUUUUGUGUCCACUGCUGAUGGCGCUGAUACUGAAAUGCGUGUUCAGAGGAGUCGGAGCUCUUCUCCUCCAGUGCCAAUGAAAAAAGCCCAGGCAGCUCUCCUGAAUCCCACCGAAAUAAAACCGAACUGUCCACAAACUAAACCCCGACAAAAAGGGAUGCCAAACGUUCACUCAGACUCUCUUGUUUCUUGUACAAAACUUCCUCUUGUAAUUUAAUUUUAGAGUCACUGUGAAUACCUGGUACCAGCAUAUUAACAGUAUAUACAGAUUAAAUUAUGAAUCUAAACUUUAUCAGUAUGUGACGAUACUGUAUGUACAGCUGUUCCAUGUUAACUAGUGCAUUGGGGUUGUGUAUGCCCUCCUUUUUGCAGGACGAUUAUGCAGAGAAGUGCUAAUGCAGGCGUCCUGCUUCCUCUCCUGUACAUGCUGAAGCCUCGCGACUCAACAGGGAGACGGGGGGGGGGGGGUGGGUGGGAAGACCUGUUUUACUGUGUCCUGUACAGUAUAGUUAUUUAGAUUGUAGGAGGUUGGUCCAGCAUGAGAAUGUGCCAAGCAACUUCCAGGCUCCCCUCUGUAUGUGUGUAUGUAUAAAAUGUAACUUAUUAAUCAUGCAAAUGUGGAUUUUCUUGUAGCUGUUUAAACUGGAGGGAAGGCUUGAGGAAAACAAAAUGUGAAACAGGGCAGAAAGGAAAGGUUGGUUAUACAUUUCUUUUGUAAGAGACCAUCAACCAUGAUAUGACAAAAUCUGCUAAUCUUGCUAAAUGUGACUUUGGGUCUUAUUAUUAUAGUUUUUAGCUAUUUCAGCCAUAGCUCUGAUUAUGUGAAGGCUUAUUUCUUUGACUUUGUGCCUAUCAGAAAAUGUAAUGUAUGCUAACCCAGCUUAGUGACCUCAUUUCUUUGUCUUUGGUUUCACUAACUGAGGGUUUUUUGUGGCAGAUGUAGGAUUUUCUAAGAGACUGUGACAACAUCUGGUCUUUCAUCCGCCGUGCAAGGAAAAAGUCAUUAAGUUACACUCGAAAGAACAGAUAAUAAUAAUAGAUGUGUGUUGUUGGUCUGAAGAAUUACCAUAAGCUCGUUGAGUACCGAUUGUUCAAGAAGCAAACCGACAAAUAUAUGGUUUUUAAAAGCAAAUUAAAAGGAAAAACAGUGCUGAAAAUGACUGAUGAUGCAUUGAAAUCCAGUUGAAAUAUGAAUGUGUUGAAUGGCGUAUACGCUUCCUCUAAGGAAUGAUUAUUUUGGUAUUUAAAAAUAAAUGGUUUAAGAAAAUC